CUCUCCGACAACUUUAGCAGAUUACUGGAAUGGGCUGAUGAUUUCAAUACAAUUAUUCAAGUUGGCAAACAGCCUGAAAUAAAGUCGUUUGAGGCACACUCAGUGGUCUUGCGAGCUAGGUCCGAGUAUUUUCGAACCGCGCUUUCGAGCAGUUGGUCAAGAACACAAGGGGGUAAAUAUAUAUUUGAAAAGCCGAACAUAUCCCCAAACGUAUUCGAGAUUAUAAUAAAAUAUAUUUACAGCGGCACAUUAAGCGUCAAAGAUUAUGAAGGAGAGGACCUGUUUGGGUUGCUUGUAGCUGCUGAUGAAAUGUUACUAGAAGAACUCAUCUAUCCAGUACAGGAACAUAUUAUUCGAGAAAGAACAAAGUGGGUAAAAGAGAAUCUUCCCCGAGUAUUGGAUGUAUGCAUGAAACGAGAUUGGUGUGAUAAACUCCGGGAUCAUUGUAUAAGAACAUUAUGUGCAGAACCGCGUUGGUUUUUUGAAUCCGACGAUUUCACAUCUGUUGAGGAGAGUACAUUACUAUACAUUCUCACUUGCGAUAAUUUAUGCCUUGAAGAGGGCCAAAUUUGGGACUACUUGAUUAAAUGGGCUAUCGCCAACACACAGAAUAUACGAAAUAAUGUAUCCGAAUGGAGUUAUAGGGAUUUUGUUGCAAUAAGACGGACAUUAAAUCGAAGCCUUCCGUUGAUAAGAUACUCUCAGAUUUCGCUCACACACUUACAAGAGAAAGUCAAACCAUACGAGAAAAUAUUCUACAAGAAUCCGCAAGUAACAGAAUUAUUCCGACACCUCUCUGAAGUACCGUAUCAGCUGCCAGAACAUGAAAAUCUUUUAGUGCCGAGCAGACCAUUAGAUUCAAAUAUAAUAUCCAAUUCACAGGCUUCUCUUAUUGCUCUUUGGAUAGCUGGAAAGACUCUUACGGAGGGAAUGUCGUUAAGAGGGUUGAUGCCAAUGUCCUAUAGAUUCAAGCUGCUCUACCGAGGUAGCCGCGAUGGAUUUUCAGCAAAAACAUUCCAUAGUCGGUGCGAUAACAAAGGCCCAACAAUCGUAGUGGUGAGAAUAGACGAAAAAAGACAAGACGGAAAAAAACAAGAUGGCAAAAAACAAGACGGCAAAAAACAAGAUGGUAAAAAACAAGACGGCAAAAAACAAGACGAUUAUAAUAAAAAAGGCCCGCGAGAAGUAAUAGGAGGCUACAAUCCGAUUGGGUGGAGUAGUCCCAAACAAGUAGAGUGGCGGGAAACUUCAGACAGUUUCAUAUUUUCAAUGGGUGACGGUAGAGAUCUGAGGAAAGCGAAUGUAGAGCGUAUCCCGGAAGAUAAUACAAAAGAGGCUAUACAACUCAGCGAGAAACUGGGACCAUGUUUUGGAUUUUAUGAUAUCAAAAUAAUUGACGAGGCACAUGAAUGCAAAUCGAAUUACGGCACUGCCGGCUUUCGUUACGGAAAAAUUCGAGACAAAAGCGGCUAUUUCGGUGUCGAUGACUAUGAGGUCUUUCAAGUUAUCAAAAAGUAG